AUGCAGCAACCCAGAAGCCGCAAGACAUCCGCCAGCGAGCGCACACAAAACCCCACACAGGGGCGAGCCAGCUCACCAAGCGGCGACCAGCGCCCAACGCACACAGAAGCCACCAGCUUCAGCGGCACCAUGACCAUCCGGUCCGAAAAAGGAAGUCUCGACUUCGCGUCCAGCCACCGCGCCUCCCCAUUCACCUACUGGACAGACGGAUCCCAGCGGUGCAAAGGCGACGCAACAUUCUGCGCGGCGGGUGUUCACUUCCAACAUGAAGCGGGCCACUCAUACAAAGGGUAUGCGCUUGUGGACGGGAAGGAGAACAACGAUGCGGAGAUGUUCGCCGUCGGCGCCGGGCUGAAGGCCGCUGCUUUGCAGAUUGGGAAGAUGGAUGCGGCGGGCAGGCCGGGGCGGAUUCUGCUGUUUAGCGAUUCGCAGUCGGCGCUCGCGGAGUUGUGUCGCUGGCCGGAUUCCCUGCCGGACCCAGUGCAUGAUGUCGCGGGGUUUGCUGUUGGCUGGGCGAGGAAGCUCCAGGCGAUGGGCGUCGCGGUUGAAAUGCACUGGGUCAAGGGGCAUGGGACGAGUGCGGGCAAUAAACUCGCGGAUCAGGUGGCUGCUACUGUGACGCGCUGGGUGUCUAUUAUGGGACUUCAGCACGGAGAGGGAGUCCCGUAUAAUAUUGGCGAGUUUGAGAUCGUCAACGUGAGGUUGGCGUGGUUGGGGGAGGAGAGUGGGUGA